CACCAUAUGGGAGCAUUACACAUAAGAACAUUACACAUCAGUGGUACUCAUUUCACUCUGGCAUGUAACAAUAUGACAAUAUCUGAAUACUAAUAAAUAUAUUCAACCCAAUCAAACACACACAGCCUCUGACCUUUACCCAUUAAUUUCUUUAGGUUUAGUCUUGCUGAACACUGUCCACAAAAAACAGAUGCCUUAACUCUGAGUAAGUGUUAGUCUAAUCAAGCCUGUGUCAGAGGUGGUGUUUGUGUCUUCCAGGGUGGAGAAAGGGACCCUUUUCGCAUCAGUUCUGCGGGCUGCUCUUGUACAGUAGUCGGGAUUAUGACCUAAACAGUUUAUCCAGAGCCAGUGCAUACGCUUGACAGAGGCAAGCUCGCGGAAGCGGUGCAUGAAGAAUGAACAGAACCGUUGGCUUGAGCUCAGUCUCUGCCAGUCACUGACAGGGGGUUAACUUGCGUAUUAUAGAAUUAUGUAGCAAUUUAAAGAUUUUAUGUAAACAAAGCACACAAUUGUGAUGGAAUGCAUUGAUUUUCCCACAUCACACCACAAAAUGGUGGACUUAUAUCUUAUCCCAGCUUUUGAAAAGAACAUAACAGUGUCCUUGAAUCUGAACCAGUAAGAGUCUCCUGGACUGUAAUCAGGAGCAGUACAUUUCUGCUGGAGGAUCAGGAUAACAGUGGAUCCAUAUGAAGGUAUUACAGUAUACCCCAGUAUUUCAAAUGACGAUGGUACAUAAAGUAGUGGUGUGUCAAAAUGGUGACAUGUAAUCUGACCUGGAAACAGUGGAGCCAACACUGCUCACUGUAGCCACGAGUCUUUCUGCAAUUCCAUCGCAGGCCGUGUGGCGGCAGUGGGGAGUCUCGUGACCCCAUAACGGGGCGACGAAGAAACGCUGUUUGGCGCGUGUCGAUAAAAAAUGUUUGUUUUACUCGCGAUGAGAUGAAAAUAAGUUUCAGCGUUUAGUCGCGCGGGAGCGGCAGGAGCUUCGCUUCACACUAACGCUUCGUGUCUGACGAAGACGAAGACGUGACGAAUGGAGGCGUUUUUGGAUCAUUUUGCGGAACGCAGUCGCGCGGAGCAGGCCUGGCUGCGCGAGGUGCACGCGGCAGUGCGCGACAGGCUGCACGCGCUCGCUGGCGCCUCUCUCGACCUGUCGGUGGAGCAGCUCGCGGAAGCGGUGGUGUGGCGCGUGGAGAGAACCGUCGGCUCGAGCGCGCGGGCGCUGCCGGUCAGCCACAGGUGUGUGUCGGUGUCAGAACUGCUCUCCAGACAGCGCACUCCCUGCUUCAGCAGUCUGACCUGGAGCACCAAUCAGUACAGAGAAUGGGCCAGGGAGGCAGAGCAAGCGCUGCCCAAUCACAGAGCACUUGCUCGCACCAGCCUCCUCCUGAUUGGUUUUCUGUGUGACGGACGUUCCUCUGGCCAGUGCGAUGGCUUCUGGAGAGUGAGAGAUGCAAGUGGGAGUGUAUACUGUGAGACUUUAAAAUCUUCUCCACACUGGCUGGGGAAGCUGAUGCUCUUUCCCACAUGGAGCUACAUCCCCCAGGAUGCACCUGAACCAGGAAAGAAAGCUGAGGGAUACUUAGAGCUGAUUGGCUCUCCCGUCUGUGUGACUCCUGAACCUACAGCAUUUGACCCUGGAUGGACACCGAGUGAGGUCAUCGGGGUCAAGAAGGCAGCCAGACUGCUAAGGCAAAGGGGUAGUGGAGGAAUGUGUGUAUGUGUGGGUGGGGAGGUGAGUGUUGUCUGCCCCCUGCUGGUCAUCGGUGGGAAACGUUUCUUCUGCUUCAUCCUUGUGGAAGAGGACCGCGCUGUACCCGUACUGGUCACUGACCCAGAGCGUGUGUACUGGAGGCAGUGUGUGGAUGUUGCUCAGUGUGUGUGUGUGUCUGCACUGCGUGUGUGCUCUCUGCGUGGGCGGGCAGGACAUAGGGUUCUGUCUGUUACAUCACAGUCCCACCUCCGAUCUUACCCACGAGCCAGGGAACCUGAUGACACACUCUCAGACACACGCACUCAAUCACAGAGUGACACACACUCAGAAACGCACACCUCCUGCACAAACAAGCAGACACAAUCAGUAAGUGACUCUCAUUCACAGUCAAUUGUGGGAAGUCAUACCCUAGAGACACACGAGGAGCAGGACACACACCAGGAGCAGGAGUCUGAAGGAGAGGUGGUCCAGGCGGGUGCUGGAGCUUCGCAUUCUGUUCACCCAGUGCGGACAAAACUCUCUAAAAUCAUUAACUACAGGGGCAGGAUCACCAGUGUCCUGAAUGAAGAGGCGGGACUGUAUGAGAUUGAUGGGAAGGUAGGACUGUGUCUAGCCUAUCAGCCACAGAGGAAAUGGGGAGGCGGUGCUUUAAGACCAGGGGCGGAGAUCGAGCUCCACAAUGUUCACUUCCUGUUCCGCCCCUCUCUGGUCUGUCCUGAUGUCGUGCUGUGUGCCUGUUUACGCUCCAGCAUCUCUGUCAUGAACUUCAGCCCGCUAACUUCAAAGGUCAUGACCCUGAGGUCAGACAACCCGCUGCUGUGUUACCUGCUGGAGAGGAAUCUGAGCGUGUCGGAGUAUCUGUGGCUUAGUUACUGUUACACAGCAGUAAUGGAGAGACUCUCUCCACGGUGGGUGUGUGCUGCACGCGUGUGUGUGGUGGCUGGGCGGGUGCUGCAGUGUGUUUUACAACAUGAUGAGAAGAGGCAGGAGAAGAGAGACAUUUACCGAGAGAUGCUUCAGGACCCACACACCUGCCCCCUGACUCAGUACCGUGUGAACAGUCCCAGUGUAGCGCUGUGCUCUGUGAGGGAACUCUGUGAUUGGAUGGAAAGUGAGAGCUGGGCGUGUCUUUCCCUGUCUUCGCUCCUCCCCUCUUCUGCCCCCUACCUCACACGGGUGGAGCUGAACCCGCUGCUAUCCUGGUCUGCCCACAUGACUACUCUGAGGGGGAGGAGUCAGCCUGCACUGCUUGUGGGCGUAGUGCAGGUCAGCUCCAGCAGGGCGACCCUGAGACUGGUGGACCAGACAGCAGCAGUGGACUGUGUGUGUGUGGAAGCCACCCAGGCAGGAGGCCAGCACACCGCCAUCAACACAGCCUGGAUAGGCUGUCUCGUGUGUGUGCGUCAGUGUACGUUAGUAAUGGAGAGGUUUCUGAAGACUGAUUUUCCCUCCUGGAAACAUCUGGACCAGCCUAAAUACAUCACACACAGACACUGCAGGGUUUAUAUCCAGGUGUGUGUGGAUGACCUGCACAUCCUGAGUCCGACAGCUGCUAUGACCGCUGUCCUCAGAGAGGGACAGAGAGGCGGGGAAGAUCGGAUGAAGGAAGGAGAGAGAUCUUGUCCUCCUCCGCCUGACAGAAGGCCUGCAGCACAGCAGCGGAGAGGAGGAGCAGAGGGAGGGAUGGAGAGAUCUGAGGGUUCUGAGAGGGAGGAGUGCUAUGUGCUCCCUCCUGUGAGGAGGAAGAGGAAGAGAGGGGUGGAGGAGACGAAUGAGAGGCAAGCCAGCCGACCCAGAGACCUCGGUCACCAUGGCAACGACCCAAGGGCAGCUGAGUCGUCGUCUGUGCCUUGUGACCCCUGCGUGUCAUUGCUGUUCCGUCUGGAUGCAAAACAUGGCGUGGCCUUCAGGAACGUCCAGACGUCCAGUGAAGCGCAAGGACUUACGCUGAGCUUUGUUGCCAAGGCAACAUGUCUGGGAAACGCACAGAGAUGGGACGGGGACCCCAGAAACAGGCGGGUGGAGGAGAGAGAGAUGGGUGGAGCAACAGAGAUAGAGUUGCAGUUUGUGGACUUGUGUGUCCGUUGGUUUCCUCUGCUGCAGUCUGGGUCAGUGUACAGACUCACCGCACUGCACACACAGGAUGUGAGUGUGUUGUCUGGCAGUAGUGUUCCUGUAAGGGGCGGAGUUACUCUCCUUAGUAGCCCCUCCCUCCUCAUGCAGCCUGAGUGGCGCAUACACAGUGUCACACCAUCAAUACCUACCGCACAGCCAGAGGUUGGGGGAGUGAUGUCUGUUUCCAGAGUUCUUUACUCCAGCUGUGCUUCUGAUAUUGUCUCCUUUUAUGGAGUUAUUUCAAAACGAAUCACACUGCAGGAAGAGAAGGGCAGAGAACCUGCUGUCCAAUCACUAAUUGAUAUAAAAGAUGCGAGUGUGGAGUUGGAUUUGCGCGUCCGUCUGACUGUGCAGGACGCUGAGGCUCCAGACCGGAGUGUGCAGGUCUAUCUGGAUCUGUCCCGCACACCCUACAUACCUGCUCUCCUCCCUGGGGCCACAGUACAGCUACUGCACUUCCAGCGCAGAGUGUCCGUUGUGCGUAAUGUAUACUGCUGGUCUCUGCCCAUAAGCUGUGUGACGGUCACAGGUCUGGGGUCUGUUAAGCCCCACCCUCCACCUCCCUUGGUUCAUCUGGGGGUGUGGACACUGGCCAAAGCAGAGCAGAGCAUUGUGGGUCAGAUCACUGUCCAUGUGGUGUGUGUCCUGUUUCUACGGCUGCAGUGGGUGUGUUCUUUUUGUGGGAGUGUCUUCAGACAGGCUACCUGCACUAGAUCCUGCCCUCCGUGUGACUCAACCAGUGCUGUUUUCCAGGCAGAAGCGAAAGUUGCUGUAGAAGAUGGUACCGGUGAGGCGCAGGUCUGGUUUUCCACGGAAACAGUUGCUAAGCUCCUUCUACUGGCAGUGCCUGAGUGGGAGGGGCUACAGCGUCACAUCAGGUCCAAAGGUCAUCUGAGAGUGUACGCGCGUGCUCGUAGCAUGGUGUGCGAUACGAACCCUGAUGAUCCUGUGGUACAGUACCUCUGCUGUCUCUGUUCAAGCAGCACUGUCUGUCGCCAGGUUACCCUCACCUGCAAACUACGUUCACACAAGCCAGAAAAAGCCCAGCUGAGGAACAUGUGCAGAGGAGACAGAGAGUUCAUCACUAAGUUUCCACACCCUCUACAGCUAAAAUGCACUGACCUACACACACACACACACUCUACACAGUGACACACCUUCUACAGCUUAAGUGCUCUGACUUACACACUACACACACAUACUCUAGGCUAGUGCACACACGCUCUGCUCCACACACACUAGAACACAUUGUCUCAUGGUGAGGAAUUGAGACGGAUCAAGAACGAACAUGCGUGAAAGAGUGAAUGUUGAUUAGAGUGACGCACGGUGGCAUAGAGAUGACUGUGAUUGUGUGUGAUGUAAACCUCUCUCAAGGACUGAAAAAUUGUCAUACCCUGCUUGUCUGAGUACUUGUAUAUUUGCACGUUGACUGUAAUUUCAUGUUUUUCUUGUAAUAAUGUUGAUUAUUUCUCGUUGUUUGCAUGAAUGCUAAGGUGCCAUUUUCAGUCGCAUUUUAGACCCCCUGAAAUGUGUUCAUGCUGCCAUAGUUCACUGCAGCCCACCUCCUGACCAAUCACAAACUGGGAAAAUACCCAAGGGGUGGGGUUAGUGUGUACAUGAGCAGUUAAUGGGUGGGGUUUGUUACAAGGGCAUAGAUAGAGGACAUGGUAGAUAGUCACAUGUUGAGUGCUGUUCCUGAGAAAGUGAGUACCCUUUUAACACCAUAACUGUCUAGUAACUAUUGACUUCUGUUUUAUUGCUUUCUAAGUGUUUUGAAAGUCUGACGUCUAGCUGCUAGGCACAGCUUGUGUGAGGCCAGAAUGAUUGUAAUUGACACGUUUGGGCUUGGGCUUUAAUGGGGGUAUUGGGGAGGGUGCCCUUUGGUUUGAGAACUUGGAUUUAAAGGUUGCUUUGUUUCAUUUUUGUGUUCUUCUCUUUUGUGUCUGUUUUCUUCAUAUUUGAUUUUUUAUUUAUGUAUUUUUAAAAAUGUUUUUAGUCUGCAUGAGUAUCGCAAAACAGUAUUUUUUUAAAUUGACUCAUUUAAUUCCAUUAAAACAGUGUCCAACAAUGAAAUCAAAAAUUAAAUUAAGGGAAUUCUUUAAAAUAA